AUGACACAGUACAAAGUGGAGGAUUACCUAAAUUUGGACGAGGGCCAAUUUAGCGAUUCUGCGGAGGAAACGGGGAUCUAUUUGACGCAGGCCGCCUACGACGAAGGCUUCUCCACCACUGCCGCCAGCGUUCCGGUCAUUCUAGCGGAAGUUCCAAAAUUGGCGCGUUUGUCUGAACUUUCGCUAUUACCACAAUAUAACAGUAGCACCGGAAACAGGGUGGAGAAGAAGUCUGUGCAAAGGAACAGGCGAGAUCGAGUUAUUCGCUCCUUCGUCAAGGCAUUUGACAAAACACUGGAAACAUCGGACAGCAGUCUUCUAUCUGCAACACCAUCUCCAAAAUCCAUUUUUUCGUAUGGGUUCUCGUCUUCGCAGGAUGAGGAACGCGCGUUUUCUGUGGUGGAAGGACAUCUCCAAAUACCGCAGGACGACGCUUACAUCAACGAUGGUGGAACAAUGUUUAAGUUAGCGUUGGAAAACUCGCCUUCGGUGUCACCAGAAGAAUUGGAGUUACUGGAAACUGCUCCGUUUGCGAACAACAAUUCCGAUGAUAUCCUCAGCUUCAGCCAAGUGAUAGAACAGCAUGCAAACAUGGAGCAGGAUAUGGUCCAAUUGGAACCGGAUGCCAGUAGGCAAGUUUUUGACUACCUCGCCAACCUUGAACGAUCGGUGGAACUAACAUCGUUGACAUUCGAAGACCAAUUUGACGUCCCCAUAAGUGUAUUCUCCCAGAUGCCACAACAGAUGCACGUGCAUAUGCAAGCGCAGCUCCCAGGAGAAGACGAAGAUAACGAAGAGGAGGAGGAGGAGGCUUACGAGGAGGAGGAAGAAGACGAAGAAGAAGAAGAAACAUAUACGGAAGAACCAUCCUCGAACUUCACCAUGCCCAUACCGCUACAGCUCACGCCGCAGCCGGUCUUCCACCGCCUACAGGAGGUCCGGCCAGAAACGCUCGGCAGCUCUCCUAGGAUGAACAACUUCGUUCCAGAAAAAAAAAGGAGAAAGCUAAGCAUUCAGCCAUUGACGUUUGAUCAGAUACGGUUGACACAUGGGCUAUUACGAAAAACUAUGAUUCGUCACUAUGAUACUGAAGAUCUCAAACUACAGAUAAAGAAAGAAAUUGCAAAAGAACAAAAGGCGGUAAAAGAUGCCUUAAAACGUCCCGACAAGGCUCAAUGCCCAAAAAAGAGAACUAUAAGUAAAACGAGGUUACAAGAUGUUUCCAUUAACUUUCACCAAGCUUUAACCGGUCUUCGAGACUUGGAGGUUGUAUUUGCCCAAAAUCAUAUUUUAUCCUCUGGAUACUGGUCGGCGAAAGCAAACGCUCUAGGGGUCACUGAGAUGCGCUCGAUUGUUUCUGUGAUCCGCCAGCAGUACGAAAACCACAUAACAUUUGAAUUUGUUGACGACGAUGUCAACCCUAAUACAAUUCCUGACGGAAUGAAACUUUUGAAAUUCUCCGUAAUAUCAAGAUACUGUGAGCAUUUAGAAAAUGACCGCUAUGUAAAUGACUGGGUCCAUUUGAUAACUUAUAAUGAUUUAAGCGAACUAUUGGGGUUCGCUUUAGAUAUCUCUGAUGAAAUGAUUGUAGUCAAUGAUGAUUCGUUAAUUUUUGAGACUCAGAAUGAACCAUGGAAACGAUUGCUAAUGAGAUGGAGGUCUAUAUACGAUAAAAAACUAUUUAUCAUCUCUGAAUCAAAAGAGAUGAUGCAACUCAAGAUCGAGAAGGCCAAAUCCCGUGGAAAACCAUUCAAUUUGGAUGAGCGGGAGAAGAAAUUAAAGGAAGAUCUUUUUAAUCAACUUAUGUCAUACAAGGGUUUGUUAGGCGCGCCCUCUAAAACUGCAAAAGACCAAGCUCUCAUCAAGACAAAUAAACUUCAAGCACUAAUAAAAAUUGUGCUAGAGAAAUACUGCUGGGUUGAUCCCUCGAAAGUCCCAGAGGGGGGUUACAGGAGAUUGUUUUAA